CCUCCUUUUGAAACCAAACCACUUAGCUAUAUAAAGACAUGCACUCCCCUAUCUCCAUUUCACGUACAAAUCCAACUAACUACUCAUCAACCAAAGCAUUUGGCAAUGGUGAUGAGUUCUUCAAGGCAGUUGUUUCCCAUCUCCCUUUUCUUGAUGAUCUUCCUCUUCCAUGGCCUCCAUUCCAUUUCCUCUGCUAGCCAUCAUCACCAUCACCAUCAUCAACACAAACAUAGAGUACUCACCAAGAAGGCCAUAACUCCAUGCAAAACCCUAAGCUUCUACCUCCAUGACAUACUCUACGACGGUCACAACUCCCAUAACGCCACUUCGGCCAUUGUGGGCGCGCCCGCGUGGGCCAACCGGACUGUCUUGGGGGCCCAAGACUUCUUCGGAGACGUGAUCGUGUUCAACGACCCGAUCACGUUGGACAACAACCUCCACUCGGAGCCCGUGGGGUGGGCCCAGGGGUUCUAUCUGUAUGACAGGAAGGACGUGUUCACUGCAUGGUUUGCCUUCACUUGUAGCUUCAACUCAACCAAGCAUAGGGGUACCAUCAACUUUGCUGGGGCUGACCCUUUGAUGAACAAGACCAGGGACAUUUCGGUCAUUGGUGGCACCGGGGAUUUCUUCAUGGCUCGAGGAGUCGCCACUUUGAUGACUGAUGCAGUUGAGCUUUUCUCCUACUUCAGAAUCCACAUACUUGUUAACUUAUACGAGUGCUGGAAAUAAUUAUUAUUUCAAAAAACAAAAAAUUACUAUGGACUGUUAUUUUAAUGUACGUACUACGUACGAGUCAUGCAUGCUUCACAUGGUGACUGUAGCGUACAAAAUAAUUUUCUUACCCCGUAGUUUAAUUUGUCGAUCGAGUCAGCUCAGUUGGAAAUUAUUUCCCUGCAAGUGUCUUUCUUUUGGUUGAAAUGUUUUUAUUGGUAAGUAGUAAGGAAUAAUAAGUAGUAGUGUGUUUAAUUUCUUUCAUUAGUUUUUGUUUUUUUCGAGAAAAGUGCACCGUUUAUCCCUAAAUUCUUUAAAAAUUGCACGGUUUACCCCAUAACAUUAAAAAGUGCACCAAAUACCCCUGAAUUCUUCAGAAAUUGCACGGUUUACCUCUGAACAAUAAAAAUUGCACCAAAUACUCCUAAACUUUUCGAAAAUUGUACUGUUUACUCCUGAACAUUUAAAUAAAGACGACAAUUUUGG